AUGGCUCCUCAGUUCCUCCAAAUGUUCUACAGCAGUACCAUCGAGAGCAUCCUGAUGGGUUGCGUUACUGCCUGGUAUGGCAACUGCUCAGCCUCCGAACGCAAGUCACUAAAGAGGACACAUUCUACAUACAUUCUAUACACAUUCUACACACAUUCUAUACACAUUCUGCACACAUUCUACACACAUUCUACAUACAUUCUAUACACAUUCUACACACAUUCUAUACACAUUCAUCACACAUUAUAUACCCAUUCAUCACACAUUCUAUACACAUUCUACACACAUUCUAUACACAUUCAUCACACAUUAUAUACCCAUUCAUCACACAUUCUAUACACAUUCUACACACAUUCUACACACAUUUUACAUACAUUCUAUACACAUUCUACACACAUUCUAUACACAUUCAUCACACAUUAUAUACCCAUUCAUCACACAUUAUAUACCCAUUCAUCACACAUUCUAUACACAUUCAACAUACAUUCUACACACAAUCUACACACAUUCUAUACACAUUCAUCACACAUUCUACAUACAUUCUACACACAUUCUAUACACAUUCAUCACACAUUCUACAUACAUUCUAUACAAAUUCUACACACAUUCUACACACAUUCUUCAUACAUUCUACAUACAUUCUACACACAUUCUAUACACAUUCAUCACACAUUCUACACACAUUCGAUACACAUUCUACACACAUUCUACACACAUUCUAUACACAUUCUAUACACAUUCUACACACAUUUUAUACACAUUCUACACACAUUCUAUACACAUUCUACAUACAUUCUAUAUACAUUCUACACACAUUCUACACACAUUCUACACACAUUCUACACACAUUUUACACACAUUCUACACACAUUCUAUACACAUUCUACAUACAUUCUAUAUACAUUCUACACACAUUCUACACACAUUCUAUACACAUUCUACACACAUUCUACACACAUUCUACACACAUUCUACACACAUUCUACAUACAUACAUUCUACACACAAUCUACACACAUUCUAUACACAUUCAUCACACAUUCUACAUACAUUCUACACACAUUCUAUACACAUUCAUCACACAUUCUACAUACAUUCUAUACAAAUUCUACACACAUUCUACACACAUUCUUCAUACAUUCUACAUACAUUCUACACACAUUCUAUACACAUUCAUCACACAUUCUACACGCACAACUCCAACACCAUCGUUAAGUUUGCCGAUGACACAACAGUGGUAGGCCUGAUCACCAACAACGAUGAGACAGGCCUGAUCACUAACAACGAUGAGACAGCCUAUAGGGAGGAGGUCAGAGACCUGGCCGUGUGGUACCAUGACAACAAUGUGAUCAAGACAAAGGAGAUGAUUGUGGACUACAAGACAAUAUAUACAUGUAACCUGUUGAGCAUGUUUGGGAUGCUCUGGAUCGACUUGUACAACAGUUUGUCCCAGUUCUCCCAUGGCCUGGAUACUGAGACAUUGAGCAUGUUCGGGAUGCUCUGGAUCGACUUGUACAACAGUGUGUUCCAGUUCCCACCAAUAUCCAGCAACUUCACACAGCCAUUGAAGAGGAGGUGGGACAAGAUUCCACAGGCCACAAUCAACAGCCUGAUCAACUUUAUUUGA